AUGCAACUUGAGGUUCUGACUUAUCGCCUUCCUCGUGUCGCCUCGGCCGAGUGCUUCCGGAAAAUAUAUGAUAUGAUUGUCGACAGCACUAUCGAUUUAGAAUGGUUGGACACCACUCUGGCAGAGCUUGAAUACCAUCCUAAUAUGCGUACCUACUCCCUUAUUAGGUCUCUUUUAAGAGCAGCGUUCACAAGUCGUGUUGUUCUGGAGGACUACAAAUAUGUGAAUACAGUUGUUCCGGUCGGCGAACUUCUUAACGCCCAACCAUAUGCUAUACGCGCCCCUGAAGUCUUCCUAGGCAAAGCGUGCACUGAGCCAUCGCAGGUCUGGGCUGUUGCCGCGAUGCUACUUUGCUGGAUCAAACCUGGUGUGUUGGGAGCAUGGGACAGCCCCCAUCCUUUGAUCAACGAGGUUUGGGCUAUGACAAAGAUACCGCGGCUCUUUCCCUACUGGGAGAUUUCGACUCCUGAAACGGAUACCCUCGUACUAGCAGUGAAUUCUGCGCGAUCUUUAAAUAGAGGUGCCAGAAGUAUAAGCGAUUUUACCUUUGGACGAAGAGACAAAAAAGGUGGAGAUGCCGCAGCAGUUAAGAGACCUUCUUCGAUUCAUUCUGGUACUUGA